AUGGGGGUUGAAUUGAUGAAAGAGUAUGUUGGCAUUGCAAUGACGGGUUGCCAUAGAUCAGCUUCAAGGCACCCAUUGUUGGCUUUUAUGAUUCUCGUUUUGAUUUGGAUAUAUCGAUCAUUCCCUACAUUAUUUGCUCUUUUGGUUGAUGCUUCUCCUGUUAUUGUAUGUACUACUGUUCUUCUUGGAAUUUUGUUAUUUUUUGGUCAAUCAAAUGCACCCGAAAUUCAAAAAGAAGAAAAACCAUAUCACAAUAAGAUCCAUAAUUUAAAGUUUGGCGUUAUGGGCGAUACUGAACUUGAUUGGAGAGGUGAAAGACAAAGACCUCGAAGGCGAGAAAAAGCGUCUAGGAAGAGAACUCGUGUUGUUCAUAGGGUGAAUAUUAAUGAUAAUCAUCAUAUGGGAAGUUCCAUUGAUAAGAAGUUUAUACAAGAAGCAAAGAGUGGAGUUGGCAAUCAAAAAGAGAAAUUUGUUUUGGUGAAGCCAUUAGAGGCAAAAGAUUGUGCACACAGAAACGAGGAUGAUAGAGGAUGGGAGACAGGAUCUGAGCUUAUAGAAAGUACAUCCCCAACUUCUUCCAUGGCUGACUUUUCAAUGCUUGAAGAGCUUCAUCCAAUUCAUGAUUACCCAAAAGUUUCACAGCAUGCUCACAUGUCGAAUAUUACCACAGAUGCUGAAUCGAGUAAUUCUGAAGGGAAUGACCAAGGUGAUAUACAAGUUAAAGACGAUCAAAUGAAAAAAGAAGAAGACCAAAAGAAUCUCAUGCAUCCUUUUGAUCUUCCGUACAAUCCAAGUAGACAGGAAUCUGAUCCUGUAGAUUCUGCACCCUUAAAACCAAACAAUCAACUCAGUCAUCAGCAUGAAAGCUUUGAAAAGGUUCCUUCCACUUUAAUGGCUUCCAACCAAGGGAAACAAGGAAAUCAUUUAGGACCACAAUUUGUACCUGAACCAGAAACUUCUGAUGCCACAAACUAUUCUUCCAUGCAUAGAGAGAUGGAUGAACUUAGUGACUCGAAAGUGAGCUCUACGCCUGAUAAAAAAUCAGUUGGUUUCCUUCUUACUGAAGAUGUUCCUUCUCGAGAAGCUGCUGAUUCGAAUUCCAAAGAGGGUUUUCAUGCAGAAUCAGUUGGUUCAUCUCAUUAUGAAGAUGACCCUCCUCGAGAGUCUGAUUUGAUUUCAGUAAAGGAAGGUCAUUAUGAAGAUGAUUCGGCUUCCAUAAAAGAGAGUUCUUUUCCAGAAUCAGUUGGCUCAUCUCAUUAUAAAGAUGACCCUUCUCAAGAAGCUGAUUUAACUUCGGUAAAAGAGGGUUUUUAUUCACAAUCAGUUGGUUCAUCUCAUUAUGAAGAUGAAACUUCUCGAGAAUCUGAUUUGACUUCAGAAAAGGAAGGUUAUCAUGAAGAUGAUUCGGCUUCCAUAAAAAAGGGUUCUUAUCAAGAAUCAGUUGGCUUAUCUCAUUAUGAAGAUGAACUUUUUAGAGAAUCUAAUUUGUCUUCACUUAAGGAAGGUUAUCAUGAAGAUGAUUCGGCUUCCAUAAAAAAGGGUUCUUAUCCAGAAUCAGUUGGUUCAUCUCAUUAUGAAGAUGAACCUUUUCGAAAAUCUAAUUCGAUUUCCGUAAAGGAAAGUCAAUAUGAAGAUGAUUCGGCUUCCAUAAAAAAGGGUUCUUAUCCAGAUUCAGUUGUCUCAUCUCAUUAUGAAGAUGAACCUUCUCGAGAAUCAAAUUUGACUUCAGUAAAGGAAGGUCAUUAUGAAGAUGAUUCGGCUUCCAUCAAAAAGGGUUCUUAUCUGGAAUCAGUUGUCUCAUCUCAUUAUGAAGAUGAACCUUCUCGAGAAUCUAAUUUGACUUCAGUAAAAGAAGGUCGUGAUGAAUAUGAUUCAGCUUCCAUAAAAGAGGGUUCUUAUCCGGAAUCAGUUGACUCAUCUCCUUAUGAAGAUCACCCUUCUGAAGAAUCUGAUUUAAUUCCAGUAAAGGAAGGUCAUUAUGAAGAGGAUUCGGCUUCCAUGAAAAAGGGUUCUUAUCCAGAAUCAGUUGGCUCAUCUCAUUAUGAAGAUAGCCCUUCUCAAGCAUCAGCUGAUUCGACAUCGGUAAAAGAGGGUUCUUAUCCAGAAUCAGUUGACUCAUCUCAUUAUGAAGAUCACCCUUCUCAAGAAUCUGAUUUGAUUCCAGUAAAGGAAGGUCAUUAUGAAGAUGAUCCGGCUUCCAUAAAAAGGGGUUCUUAUCCAGAAUCAGUUGACUCAUCUCACUAUGAAGAUGACCCUUCUCAAGAAGCUGAUUCAACUUCCGUAAAAGAGGGUUUUAAUUCACAAUCGGUUGCUUCAUCUCGUUAUGAAGAUGACCAUUCUCGAGAAGCUGAUAUGAUGUCAGUAAAAGAGGGCUAUGAUGAUGAUUCUUCUUCGAUGAAAGAUGGUAAUUAUGCAGAAUCAGUUGUUUCAGUUUAUACUGAUGUUGACCCGUCUCCAGAAGACGAUACAAAUUCGGUGAAAGAGGGUUAUUGUGUUUCUGAGAUAAGUGAUUAUGUCAGCCAAUUAAGUGGAUCAUCUGACGAUGAUGACACCGUGAAGCUCCAUCACGAUGACAGACCUAAUGAAGUUAAAACAAGUGGUGGGAAUGAGACAGGUUAUCAAGGGAAAAGUAGAAGUGAAUCGAGUUCAUCCCCAAUUUCUGAUAUAACUGGGCAUGUAGAUGAUGACGAAGAUGAGUAUCGCUCCACAAUCAUGCCAUUGACAUCACAUUCAGAAAACGAAAAGAUCCAAGAGCAUGGGAAGGAGACUUCACUAAAUAUCAACUCUGCAACAACUGCUGAAGCCGCUGAUUCUGGUGUUCAUGAUUUUGAAUCAGAUUAUGAUCAAAAGCAGGAUGAUCAGAGCCCCAAAUCGGAACAUGAUGACUCUGAUUCCAGUGUUCAUGAUUCUGAAUCGGAUUCUAAAGUGAGCAAACCUAAUGAAGGCAUAUUGCCUCAAAGGUUGAGUCAAGUGCAACAGGGUUUAACCUCAUGGUUUAGAUGGAAGGCAUGAUGCCACAAUGUCAAGGUCUAGUUCAAGCUCCAACAUUUUUACUUGACACUUGAAUCUUUAUAUAUUAGGUUCUGAAAAUAUUGAUUUUAUAUUGAUUCUACUAACAAAGUAUAAUUUUCCACUCUUAUGUUUAACUAAGUUGCUAAAACUACAAACCAUAAUGACGAAAUUCUUAAAUACAUAAGUAUUGUUAGUCAAGAUUAUGCAUUGCAUGC